AUGCAGCGAGGCGACCUCCACCACAUGUUUAGGUAAAUUGUUCCAUUCUCCACUAAUCCUUACAAAAAAUGGUUAUUUCUGACAAUUACAUUUCGCAAGCUUCAACAUAGGGUUUGUAAUUAGCCAUUUCCCAAAGUCCUGGGUCUAGUCGCGCGAAUCCCAUGUUGGAGGGACAAGAAAUAUGCCAGCACACAUUUAAAUGAAAUGUAUAAUGUAAAAGGAGAUAUUUCAUUUUUGGUCGUCUAAAACUUUGAUAUUUGAUACUAGAUACUAGAUACUAGACACUACCUUUUCACAUUUUGACGCCUGUCACCAUAUAUUUUCUCCCUCUAAACGGUCCCAGAAUGCACUAUAAUCUCUUUUGGGAAAAGGCUAAUUCUGGUUUGCUCUUGUACGCCCUUUGGCCAGUUCAAAAAAUAUCAAAAUCUAAUUUAGAUAUUCGAAAUAUUAUCGUAUAACAUUCACUCUGCAACCUUUACCAACUAACCCUGUAGCUUAUGAUUUAACGCUGGAAUUUCUGAUGAGACAAAAUAAGUUUUAACUGGAAAACAUGCACACAGCAACCGCUCGCCAUUUCUAACCAAACUACUAUCGUUCCCAAUUUGUAAGUAUUUGCAAUUAGCGAACCGCUGACAGGCUUUCUUGCCAUCCUACUUUUCCUACUUUUUCCUACUUUUCUUCAACUUUCCUACUUUUUCUAUUUUUUAUUAAAAAUUGCUUGAUUUUCCUACUUUUUCCUACUUUUUCUCACUGAAAUCCUACUUUUUUAAGACAGCUUGGGGAAUCAGUAUGUUAUAGCUCUCGUAAUUAGAUCUAUAGGACUAGUAAUUUUUAUUCCCUAUUUGUGUCCCAAAUGAUAAGAUCUCAGGAGGAGAAGAAGUACAUUUUCCAAGUAUAAAAUUUCAUAGCAUCUCUAGAAUCAUAAUCAAUAAAUUAAUGAAGACUUUGAAAGUGCAUUUCCGACGAUCUAGAGAUUCCAAAUAUUCAACUCCUCCCCCCCUCCCCCAGUUAAUCAAGCAUCAUAUAUACAGGGCUGUAGCAACCGGGGGGCUGCAGCCACCCAAUAAUUUGUUAAUAAUCCUUUUUUUUUCAAAAUCAUGCAGACCUUUAUCAUUUAAUCCAUGAGAAACUGCAAAGAAUGAAGAUAUUACCCAUACUUUCCAGCAACUUAUCCAAUAUAUAGUUAAUUAAAUACGUCUUCGCCCAUUUAGUACUACUAAAUUGUAAAUUUCGACAUACUAAAACGCUGUUUUCUGACCAUUAGAAUUCUGUCAAAUCUUCCCCAAAGUCCAGUAAAUGGCAUUUCAGAGACUCUAACUUUAAAAACUUCCUCGGGCCUUUGGCCCUCACUUUCAGCCCUCCCCCAAUCGAAAAGAGCUUCCUACGAUCCUGAUAUAUGCUCCUGCCGCAGUGUGGAUUGAUGCAUUGUGUAGCCUAAUACAUGCAUUUUAAUUGUGUUGCUGCGGAGAAGAUGCCUUAGCUUUUAUACCGAUGCAAUUUAAGAGUUUUGAGAAAAAAAUCCUGCAUAGAUGAAUGAGUACAUAAAAAUAUUGAGCACCAAAAAUUCACACAACUUCCCCAUCAGAUAUCUAAUGUCAGAUGUCUACCUCUUACCACAUAUAUCCUAGGGGGUCAAUUUUGUAUAUUUUUGUGUUAUUUGAAUCUCCAAAACUCCUACUUUUGUCCUACUUUUCUACACAUUUUCCUACUUUAUUCCUACUUUUCCUAAAAUUUUAGUCCUACUUUUGUCCUACUUUUCUACACAAGGAUGCCAGAAAGCCUACGCUGACCAAAACAAUUGUACAUGUGCCAUGGUAGUCAUGAUAACGUAGUACUAAGGUUGUCUUUAAUUUUUUGUACAAAAUGGCAAAAACAGUGAAACGGUUAAUAUACUUCUAACUGUGGACUAAAUUAUCAAUUGCCGAAAUAUACAAUGUAGGUGAAUGCAUGUAUAGGUGUAUUAUAAGGCAUUCAAUAGACUAUAACCUUCAGUUUACAAUAUGUUUCCACUUUCUACCGUUUGCCGAUAAACGUUGUUUUCAAAAUGAGAUCAGUUCAUUUUAUUUGAAAUUUAAAUGGCAACAGUGUGCAGGCAACAAUUUUGAGGGAAAAUGCGUCACAAACAAAUUAAACAGUCUCUCAAGGGCCUCUCCUUGGCCUAGUGCAUCUUGGCAUGCCUUAUGUUUCAUGAUUUAUCAUUAUAUGUAAAUAGUAUUGAAAAAAUUUGCUGCUUUUCGAGGCUUUUCCCAUGAAAUAAUUUAUUUAAUCUUCAUGAAACAUAUCCAUUUACUUUCCUUUACGCGGGUAUCAGUACCGAGCGGAAUUAAUACCCUCGCCUUGAUCAUUAGUAAAAGGUUAACCUUGUUGAAAAAGCUGCAUCUCCCUGCUUUCUUAUAUCCUCUCACAUUCUCGACAUUCCCUCUUAUAAAAGUCAGCACAAGCAGGGGCGGCGCUAAAAGUGGAUUGUGGGUGUGGAACACCCCCAAUCGUCAGGUAGUCGGCAAAUUAUCUAGUCCCAGUUGGAUGAAAAGAAAUACUAAUUAGCGUUUGAAAUUAGUAGGCAAUAUUUCACUUACACCCACCCACGCCCCUAUUCAAAUAGCGCUAGCGCUGCCCCUGAGCACAGAGUGUUUUUAUCUACCCGUAUAAACUGUGUGGGAAAAAGGCCCUCAUUGAGACUGAUCCCAGUAGUUGUAAUUUCUCUAAAAAUGCCCUGAAUGGUUUAGUCUUCAAAUUUAGACAUAUUUUUACCUACCGUUUUUUAUUUUUUGAUAAAAUACUCCCUGAGCUGCGUCCGUUGCGGUCAAAUGAAAUAACAUUAACACGACAAAUGGAAGGAAUGAUUGUAAAAAUAAUGAAGACAUGACAAUAUAGUCGUCUUUUUCAACUGUAAACGAAUCUUUGUGAAGUUGCCUAAAAUGAUAUAGCGGGAUUCUUGUGAAUUUUAAGGUGGCAAGUACUUGACAAACGCAUUGAGAAAACGUUCCUUGUAUAUCUGCACGACCCAUAAUUCAAGCAGUCAUUUAGCAAGAUGAAACACGGAAUAUUUAACUAAUUUGUAUUCGUCCACAUGUCUUUUAGUUGCAACUUCGAAUUUUUGUGCCCAGCCUGAAAGCUUUUUAACAGGUGCCAGAAGUCUUCCGUAUUGGCGGACGGUUUGAGGCGGCUCCUUACAUGCAUGAUAGUUGCGUUAGAAGUGUAGAACACUUGAAAUUAGCAGCAAUAGCCAUGCAAUUUCCUCUUUUCAAUCGAAUUCAUGAGAUUUCGAGUAAAUACCAUAUUUGUGUACAUUUGCGUAAUGAGAUUUUUGUCAAAUGUUGUUUUGUUACUGGGUGUAUCAAACUAUCUAUAAAAACCUCACAAAAUGUUCGGAAAUCCAGAAAUGGCUGUAACUGUAUAGGUAUUGGCUGAUGGAAAGUCAUUUCAAUUAAAGUAAAAAAAGAUAGCAAAUUUACACAAGGAAUGCCAGACACUUGAACGAAUUUGAUAUACGUAAGCUAUUGCAUGGGCUGAAUGCAUGGGUAUCGAACUGUAGCAAGUUCAUGUAGAAAUUUGUAUCAAUCUGGAUGAAAGCUUGAAACCUAUGAACAAUUUCCCCUGAAAACUAUGAAUAAUUUUCACUCGUUUAUGUGUAAGUUGCUUUUGUGCAGUUACGACCCUUGGCCAACGAGGGGUUACGUAAUGAGCUUCACUAUCCCAAAGUCAAUUAAAUUAUUUAUAGUUAUAAAUAGAAAAACUUACUUUCUUUGAUUCGUGGAGAGUUUUCUGAAUAAGCACGCUCGUGGAUAUCCAGUAAACAAAUGUUGUAUUUAGGCCGUACCAAAUUGUUCCCCUCCUCAAGAGAAAAGAGAACGCUAAUGAACUGGGCAAUAAUAACCGCGUAUACUUUUAAUUGUUGGCAUCAAUAUUUAAUCAGAUCCCAUACCAGGCCCACCAGUUUAAAUUAUCGACAAUGUUUUAAAAUUUCCACCUGCACUUUGCGCAUAUCUUUUGUAUAAAAAUGCGAUUCAAGAUUUUCAUUAAACGCAAUCUUCCUUUCUUUUUUUCAGAAGGAAAGCAACCGUCCCGUAACGUCGUGACGUCAGCGUUGUUGUAAAAAGGUUUUUUCUAUAUUUUUAAAGGUCGCAGAAGCUUGAAGAAGAGCGACUUAUGAAUGAAGUUGAAAAGUUGAAAGUCAGAGAAGAUGCAAUGAAGGAGAAAGAAAACAUGCUGGCGCAACGAUUCAACACAGAAGUGGAAAAGUAAUGUAGACUUACAAAAUGUUUUACCUCUCUAGCUUGCAGUGAAUAACAAAUUAAAAAGGUUUAAUUGAAAUAUCGUUUUGAAUUACCCUUAAUUUUUAAAAUCUACCUGUAUCCCAUUAAUAAUUUUAGAUUUUAAGUAUUAAUAUAAUUUAUAACCAAAUCUAUUACCUAGCAUUACAUACUAAAUUCAGCAUUAAUUUAUGAUGAAUUAUUAUCCUUUUGUGCCUUGCAUGAAUGAAACGUUACGUUGUGCCACAAUGAUGACCAAUUACACAUGAUUAGAUGCAUGUAUCCCAGUGAAAUGAACUGGAACGCUACGUUCAAAUAAACUGCCUAUCUUAAUUAAGAUCCGCGUGUUUAUGCUAAGCAUGUCGUUUUAUUAAGAAAAAGCUAAAAGUGUUCUAGGAAGUUUUACCUGAAUAAAUGCAUUAAUAAUAUUAAAGUUUUCAGCGCUAUUAAAAAGGUUUUUUGUAACCCUAACCCGUGUUGGAAAUGCUUUGUAGUCGCAACGCAAUUCAAAAAUCACACGUUUUCUUGCUUUUUAAGUUCUAUAUUAAUAUUUCGCUCACACGCCCUGUUUGGCUGUCUAUUCUCAACUAACGGCAAAAAACCUAUCAACUUACACAUACAUUAGAUUAUAUUUGGCAUGCAAAAAAUGUGUCCAUUUCUAAUUGAAUGUCGUCAUUGUUUACAUAUGAUUAGAUGUAUAAUGAUUAACUAGAAUUCUCAACACAUUCCCCUCAUUUGUCUCCGACGAGACAAAUGUUCUCGUAUAUUUCGUGUCCGUGAAUAUAACUGAUUAUAUGUAUAUAUCAAUAAGUAGUCAAUAAAAAUACUAAUACUAAAAUGCCAACAAAUUUAAAGUAACUAAACAAGUUUAUGACUAAUUCAUAUAUGUGGACAGUCAUGCCCCUGUCAUUUAACCCUGUUUACUUCUACAACAACGACAGGAUAGCAUACCGAUCUGUUUUCGUUACAAGAGGCUGCCAUAAGUUUGUUGUCGCGUUGAUCGCAUAUGGAAGUGUGAUGCUUACGUUGGCAUUUAUGGCAUGCAGACCGACUUUUGUAAUCUGCGGCACAAUGUUGACUUCGCGUGCAAUUAAAACAGAGUUUGUACAUCAAACAAUAGUGUUUUACAAAAUGCGUGCACCUUGGAAGGCUGGGACCCAGUAUAAUUACCAGCAAGUUCCAUUCUCGUACCCAGAGCCCUUCUUACGCGCGGUGCGACGAGGGGCUCUGGCCAAAUCCAUAACUGGAUACUAUAAAAACAUGGUAAGAAAACAAUGUCCGGUGUUAGAACUAGCCAAUCAGAUGCCAGUUCGGAAUAUGGAUUUGACGGAGUCCCUCGUCGCACCGCGCGUAAGAAGGGCUCUGGGUACGAGAAUGCAGCAAGUUCAUGAUAUUUUGUACGUACAGGUACGCGUUUACAAUCUCACUUUGUCGUCCGUAUUCACUUUUUAAAAUCGUUUUGGCGCACUCGUAUGAAAAAGGCAACCCAUCUACUUCAGUCCGUAUUCCCGGUUCUAGGAUUUCUUUUUGGUAGGCAAACUUCGUAGUUGGCGUUAGACCAGCCUUGUCAAUCUCCGCCUCAAACGCGUUCCAGAAUGUUAGCCAGUUACUCGCGUUCCCAUUGAAUUUUGUCAUUUUGAGUUCUGGCAGUUUGGAAUUUGAAUUUUAUGCGGUUUGCAUUCAUAAGCCUGAUCUUUACAAUUUCGAGCUUCUUCGAGUUUGUUCUCAAAUUCUAAUUUCUGUUCGAAUUGCCUCUUUUCGAACACUAACUGUUCUUCACGUUCCUUUUCUUUGAGAGCAUGCUGUUUCUCCUUUUCUUUCGUAAUAAGGUUAAUUCGCACCUCUGUAAUGGCAUUCGUCAGUGUCGUUAUAUAUAUCGCCUCAUUUCACCCAUUGAGAACUCGUAGCUCAGUUGGUAGAGCAUUGGACUAGUGUCCCAAAAGGUCGGGGAUUCGAUUCACACCGUGGUCAGGCAAAACAUAGUUAAUGAGGUAUUACGAAAGUCACCGAACUGUGGAAUCGCAUCAAAAAUUCGUAUCGCCGCCACUCUCACAAACGUCUACGACCGCGCCUACAUAUUUUUGCAUGUUUACAAUUCUAAUUUUAAACAGCCAAUCGACGUUCAAUUGUAAUUGUUACCAAGAACCGGAUUGGCUGUUUAAAAUUAGAAUUGUAAGCAUGCAAAAAUAUGUAGAUGCGGUCGUAGACGUUUGUGGGAGUGGCGACAAUACGAUUUUUUGACGCGAUUCCACAGUUCGGUGCCUUUCGUUAUAUAUUAUAGACCCCCUUAUUUCCCACCCUCUUAUAUCUUAGAGACGCGAGCACGCGUCCAAAAAUAUCAUAACAUCUACAGUACAACGUAGCUAUUGCUAACGUAAUUCCAUAACAUGUAAUUAUAGUUUCAAAAGUGAUUAUGAGAGACAACAUUCAGCAAGGAAUCAGGAGCUAAUGCGAUGGGAAUCUCGUCUAGAAGGUAAACGAGUACUUUAUACCUCUCAUUAUUGGAAUUAAAUAUAGCAUUUUUUAUUCUGAUAUUAAAUAUAUAUGUGCCGAAUCUCUGUCAUUGUAUUAUAAUAAAGAAAUUGUGAAUCUGCAUGCAUGUCGCAAAAUGACCAAAUACUUUUAACCGUUGUUGACUUUCUUUCUAUCCAAAAAUUGUAAAAAAAGAAUAGGAACAGUUUCUGUGAGUGAUUGAUUGAUUGAUUGAUCAUAAAGAUGAAAUCAACAAUGAGUAAAUAAACUAACUUCGGCACAAUGUACGGAUUAAGUGAAGUGUUUUGGGAAUUUCAGCCGAGAGAUCAAAACUGGACGGAAAAAAAGAAGAAUAUUUAAAAUGCCAAAAGGAACUUGCUACUUUCAAAGAAAAGUGCUUUCAACUGCAGGUAUUUUAGUUUUUUAUUUAUUCUUUGAAGAUUUAUGUACAUAUAAUUUAAUGCAGUUUUUUUACAGUGCAUAUACUUAUUGUUUUGUUUUAUAGUCGUCAGUUGAGACAUCCAAAUUGUUAUCAGAAGAUUUGAAGAAGCGAAAACAGGAUGUCGAACAAAAGCUUGCAGAGGUCGAUGUUGCAAUUAAUAUAUAGGACUGUUUUACAGAAGAUUAAAAUUAUUAUUAUCGUUAUUUUGUUUAUAUGUGUAAAUAAAAAAUACCUUUAUACGUUCCUUAUAUGGGUUAUGCAUUUCCACUUCUCUGCAGAUGAAAGACUACCAUGCGCUGAAGGAGAAAGAAGUUUUUUUGACGAAGGAUAUUGAACAUUUAACUCAGUACGUUGUAUUAUUAGUACUAUAUAGCCUAUAUAAUAUAAUCACUGGAUCCAUUAUAAAGAAUUUUCGUCGUAAUGAAACCUGUGUUGAUUUCAUAGUUGCUUUGUAUAGGUUUGGAAACAUUGUGCAAUGCUAUACUAUUGUGCAGUGGACAUGACUAAAAUUGCAAAACAUAGUGCCGACCACAUUCUUUUUCGGAGAAUGUGUCACUUUCCUAUUUAAUUAAACUUGUUUUCAGUGUAAAUAUUUUAAUGAAAAGAAAUUAUUCCAUUAUAGUUUGAGUAUUUGUUUAACAAACACGUAUUAUCUGACUAAUUCCGUCCACUUAUCCGAGAAAGGGUGUUUUGUCUAGAGUGCGUUUAUUUUAAUAUGAAGCUAUUGUCGCGUAUAUCCUAAGCUAUCCAUGACUGAAAUUUUCUUAAUUCCUAGGCGUUUGACAGAAACUAACUUGCACUGUAAAGCGCAAGAAAAAAGUAAGUGAACUGUAGUAUAUGGUAGUUGAUUUUCCUUUGUAAACUUGUAGGAGCAAUUGUUGACAACGCAUUUCUUGGUAAUUAACAAUAUCAACAAUUUUCCAACUCCAGGCAGAAUUUCUUAACGUUUAACACAACAAAAUUUAGUUUUUUGGCGUUGUGUGCAUUUAGGGAAUCGAACAGUCGGGGAAAACAUUUCACGUAAAUCUCCAAUGUAGGCUAUGUAUAACGAAUAUUUGAAAGUUUUAUGUAACUCAUGCGUCAAUCAGCUUCAGACUAUAUAGGUAAACGCGAUGAAAUAAAUAAAUCUGAUCAAAACCAUUCAAAUCGUCUUGACAAUACGAAUGUCCUUAGAUAUAAACGACUGUAUUGCAAGGAUAAAAUAUCUUCAUUGACCACUUGUUUCUUUAAAAUCUUCAUCUUUUUAUUACUCCUGAAGGACACCAUAAACUGGUUAAAGAUCUGACUGAAACGACUGGUAAACCUUCCAAAGAAGUUGUAAGUAUAUCUUUCCUUUUUUUUGUAAGAAUGGAAGCUAAAUAAAUGGACCAUUUGCAUUAUAGACUAAAUUUUGAUCUAGUCAAAAAUUUCAUCGCAGCUUGAAAGAGCAUCACAAAAUUAGUAAUAUUCCAAAGUUUCGUUGCGAAAUGUUGUAAAAUGCGGAUAAUAUAGUCUUGCGAAGUUUUCCGUUUUUCAGUCAUUUUGUAUUACGCACGGGAAAUUGAAUUUGAAAUUGAAUUUGUAAUCCGUUUGUAAUACAAAAUGACUGAAAAUUGCAAAUUUCGCAAGGCUACAUUAUCCGCAUUUUACAACAUUUCGCAACGAAACUUUGGAAUAUUACUAAUUUUGUGAUGCUCUUUCAAGCUGUGAUGAAAUUUUUGUCUAGAUCAAAAUUUAGUCUAUAAUGCAAAUGGUCCAUUAAUAGAGGUCAUUUUAGCAGUACCAUUAAUUAAUUUCUGAAUUUAUAAGAAUAUAAUUCAGUUACUGAAACAAAGGGAUAAUUACUAAGUAAUUGCCCAGUAGAAAGGUGUUGAAUUUCUUAUAGAUAGCCUACCUAUAAAUUAUGAGCAUUUCACUCGAUUUAACUAACAUUUACUGGAGAUUAUAUUGUUAAUACCGCAAAAAAUCUCAGGGGAGGUGCACGGUAUAGCCAUAUUAAACGUUGGUAAGGUCUAACUGCCUUAGUGAGCGAGUUCCUCACUAGGCAAACAUUUAUUUAUUUAAAUAUGUUCAGGAAACAGUUAUGUUAUCCGCAUAUAUGUGACUUUUCGCAACGAAAGAUUACAGACCAAGGGCAAGGCACAGUAUAUUCGUGUCAAAUAACGGAGCAUAUAGUAAAUACCGAAACGAAUAGAUUUCAGAGACAUAGUUUUUGUUCUAGUAAAGUCUAUUCUGAGAAUGACGGGUUUUGAAGUAAUAAAAAAUUAAAAUGAGAUUUCAUCUCAUUAAAAUUGAUUGAGAGUGUGGAUAUACUAACGUAUGCAUGACAUCAUGAUAUCACAUUAGCGAUGUAUGAUGUCAAAAAACAAGACUGGGCGGUUUAACGAUGGUAACACUAAUUACAUACCUAUUCUCCCUAGUGGCCCUCGAAAAUAAAUACAAAAUUAUGUUAUUGUAAUAGAAAUGUACUAAUUAAUAAAAGAGAAAAGCGAGAUUUUAUAUGAGCUAAUAUUAUCUUUGGACUUUAAAAAAUAUUGUCAACUUUGUAUUUGGAAAAGAGGAUAUGAUAACUUUGAUUUCAUUACUUUAAAUUUUAAUUUGACCGUUGAUACUUUUUCAAAAGAGACAAAGUUUUUUUAUGACAAGCACCUGACAUAGAUAUCUUAUAUAAACUAGAUAGCGCAUCUCUUUUAGUAAAAUUGAAGCCAAGAAUAUUCCAGCGGUUACCCCCGUUUGUAUAGAUGGCGGCCAUGUUGGAGUUUCCCACUCGCUAAUAAACGCUUAUAAAACAACAAUAACUUUCAUUAUUUGAAUAGUUUGAAAAUCUAUUUGGAAUAGGUUUAACUUAAUGUUUAAGUUCCCUGUUUAAAACAUACGAGUCUUCUCAUUUCAUGGGAAUAUCCUGAGUCUGCAAUCACGGCUUCAAUUUUUGAAUUGCAGAAUAAUUAGAUGCACUAUCUAGUGUAUAUAAGAUAUCUAUGGCACCUGGUCGUUUGGGAGCCAUUUUAAUUCUUUGAAAUUUUCAAAAGAUCUUGAUGUUGGAUAGCUAUCCAACGUUUUUGCAAUUUGAAACGAUCAUCCAUAUUGCCCUGACUACAACUGCUCCAAACAGUACAGCAGUUUUCAAACAAUGGCUUGAUGCUUACAUUCUAUAACAUUAGUCUCUAGUGUGUUGGAACAUAGUUCCUCACUCUCGCUCACAGCCAUUUCUGACGUAGUUGGAUAGACUCGGAACCGUGUCGCCCGAUUCUGUUAUUUUCCGGUUUUAAAUUGCCAAAUAAAUUGUCUUUCAACAAUAAUAUAUAUUGUUGCUUCUUUUGCUUUUAGAUGAAUAGUAUGUGCUUUAAUUUCUUCAAUUUUUCUUCGAUGAUUUGUUUGCAAGUGGAUUUUCGGCAGCCAUUUUGUUUCAGAGUCUGAGCAAUAACUAUUGCCUCAGAGAUACUGCUUGAAAGCGCUUGAAAGCCAUUUUUCAAUACUGAAUUUAUACUAACACUAUAUUGUCUUAAAGUUGUUUUUCGCUUCUACUAUGUAUAAUCAGCAAAAUGCCGACUUUGAAAUGCAAUGCGUUCUUAUUUGCAACGGUAAUAGUUCAGGAUUAUGAAUUGAAAGCAACCAAGAACUAUUUUUGUCCUUUUCAAGGUAAUAUUAAGGCAGGAGCUGAAAACUGCAAAGGAGACAUACUAUGAGAAAGAAAGAGCUUCUUAUGAAGAACGAAGGACCUUAGAAAUACAAUUGGAGUCCGAGGUAAUUUUACAUUGUAUCUGAGGAUAAUUAAUAAUAUAAAUUUAAGGAAACUUGAUGAAGGGUUUUCUACCACAUUCUUGCAAGACUAACGGCUUAUCGACCGAGCGUGAGGUCUGUACUGUGAGCGAAGGAGCGAAGUCCAUGCAAACAAACAGGUCUGAUAUUUCACAGUACAGACCGAACAAGCGAGGUCAAUAAUCGGUUUAUUAUAUGGCUGAACUGAGUCUGUGAGCAUAUGCUUUUCGCGCGAAUUAAAUCGGCUAUCGUCAGUUUCACUGGGUAACAAUAUACGGUAGACAUGCAUGCUCAAUCAAAAACAAUUUGGUUGUUUGAAAUUUUUAUCUGUAAAUUUUAUUGACACACAAUUGGAAAAUUAAAAAGCAAACAUUUUUUCUGUUUGCAAAGCAAAAAUUUCCCGCCAGAUAAACGACAUCCGGGACACCGGUCCAGAUACGGAAAAUACGGACCACGGACCGGAUAUGGGUUUUUACUGACCGCUUGCCAACCAAUCAGAAUAGAGAAUUUUGAAAAGCCAUAUAAUAAUGAUUCUUACUUCCAUCUACAUGAUCUUCAUGAUUACACGUGUAAAAAUAUCACAACUUGUCAACAGGAAGUGUUUCACUGCUUGUUCCCAGUUGUUGACAAAUCUGUAUAUAACAUGUGGUUGCCAUCUUGUAACAAGGUUGAUGAAGCCAACAGACUCGGAACAGGUUGUUCAAUAAAGUCGGAUGUCGUCUGCACGUAACAAGUUGACGACAGCCUUGUUGGAACAUCUUGUGGCAAGUCUGUCACCGUCGUCAUCCUUGUAACAAAGUGAUAACAACUUGUUCCAGACUUAUCGGAACAAGAAGUACGAACACAUAUGAUAUUAGGCUCAGAUUCCAGCCGUUGUGUUUAAGUGGGCGAGUGGCGAGAACACAACGGCUGGAAUCUGAGCCUAAUAUGAUAUCAGCUUGACAACAACCCUGUUGCAACUUGUUUGCAGAUCUGUAACAAUAUUGUGCACGUGCACCGUUCACUGUAACAAUAUUUGUGCACGUGCACCGUUCACUGUACAAACUUUGCGAAGUUAGACUUAAAGGGAAAUGGCAACAUAAAUUUUUAUUUUCUCUUACCGAUUCUUCAUAUCUUGCUUAGUUCUUGAAAUAUUUCCACGUGAAGUAAUGAGAUGUCCGCCAUCUUGGAUAAAUUUUUAAUCUUAUUAACGGUUGUUUUGGUGACGUCACAACAGGGAUUAACCAUAUAAAAGUAUUCGUUGCUGACCAAAUAAUGAUUGGUGGACGUUUUAAAGGUUUUGAGUGAUCUUGAUAUUUCGAAGGGCAGACAGAGUAUAGUUUUGAGUGCAAAAUGAUUAGUGGUUGUCUAGAUAAAAAUAUUGCGUGACCCCCAGGGCAAAGUUUCAGUGUAGUAAAAAUGAAGUUGUUUGAGUUAAAUUUUGUGACGUGUGGAAAUUAGUUUUCAGUUGGAAGCCCGACAAUUAAGAAAAAAUGGCUGGAAUUCAUCUCACAACACAAGAAAAACUACGCAUUCGCCAUCUUUAACCAGUUUAUAAUGUCCCUUAGUGCCCCAGCUUUAAUACAUUCGUCUCAACUGCAUUUAUUGAAUACAAAUCUGCAAAAACGGACCCAAGAGAAAAUCCUGAAAAAACCCUGACCCCUGUUGUGACGUGACAUGCAUAUCUAUACAAAAAAUGAAGAUGCCGGACAUUUCAUUCCUUUCGAUCAAAAUAUUUGUAAAAAUAAGUAAGAUAUAAAAAAACGGUAAACGAAUAUUAUAUAUGGUCUUAAAAGUUCUUUCAAAUGAGAGAAUAGAAAAAUAUGUUGCCAUUUCCCUUUAAUUGAGACAAUAGCGUGUAGUAGAUCUAGCAUUGUCUGACUAUUUAUUUUUUAUUUUCCAACAAUUACCGCUUUAAGUUUCUUUCAAUACGUUUUAUCCGCUAGAUUCAAAGAGCCAAUCAUUUUCAGAAGAUAUGUGAGGAACAGGUGAGUACCCAACGAUUCUUGGAAACGGAAAUAGAAAAUUUGAAGAUGAUGCAAGAACAAACAGAGCGACGUAAGUUACAGUUCUUUAUUCUUUAAUACUUUAAUUUAUCCUACAUUUACAAAGGGGCGUAGCUAAGAGGAUAAAAAUGGUUUCGGAUAUAUCGUAAUUUUUCCGGACAUACAAAAAUUUUUCCGGACAUUUCAUAAUUUGUUAACUUUCUCCGUAAUUUUAGUAAAUUUAGCAAAAUUUUUGCUAUAACUAUUAUUUUUUUCCGAGGCACUCAAAUAUUUUCACUGAUUACGAAAACAAUUUACCGAUAAAUCCGAAAACAAUUUGCCGAGUCCGUGAUGAAAUAGGGGGUGGCACUCCCCCCCCACCCCCUGUAGCCACGAAUCUGAGUAGGGGUAGAAAGGUUCUAUUUUUUCAACUGUUGUUCUCUUGUUAAAAAAGGGAAGUGGAAAAAUACAAAACAUUGAAAUAAACUACAAUUGUAUUUACAAUUGAGUAUCUCCAAAAGUAUACAGUGUACAUGUAUGCUAAUCGAUAUACCUUCACGCGAUGUUGGUCCGGAAUACGAAAAUAUACUGUAUAAUUAGUUUUGUAGUGGAGUGGUGAUACGAAGCACUAGCAUUUGUAUUUAUUAAAUACCCUUUCUGUAGAGUUUAAGACAGCCACUCAAUAUGAAAGAAAAGGUAAUUCUCCACGUUCCUAGCAAACGUUCUUCGUUAGGAGAGCUACAGUAGUUGCUAUAUUCUCUCAUCUCCCGACGGCUCUUAGUUCGGUUGUUAGCUCUAAAAUACACGAUUCUGAUUGAAUUUCGUUAACUUUCAUGCUUUGUACACUAUCGAAACUGCUGCUAAUAAUAUAUAUAUAUAGCAACCCCUUAGAAAAGCGUUAUGUUUUACCGUAUUUUGUUUCUUACUGAUACCAUUUAUUUUUAGUUCUUAGUAUGGAAUUGCGUCAUCAAAACGCCAAUAAUUCAAAUGUGUAAGUAAAUGUUAAAUACUGUUUUCCAUAUGUCAGCUAUCUCUUUCUAAAACCUAUAUUUUCCAAACAUCGAUUUAACAUGAAGUAAUAGUAAUUGGGCAACACUGAACGCAGGCUCGCGUUUUAGAUUUUUUAUAUAUUUGUUUGUACAAAAUGGCAAAAUUUUUUGAAAGAUUAGUACUUUUAACUGUAAACACAUAACAAAUUUCUCGCCCAUGAACUCAAAAUGCCUUUUAACCUUUUAAAUUUCGCGGGCAAGCUAUUCUUAAUGCUGCUAAAAAAGACACCCCCCCCCCCCGCUCUGGAAAAUUUAUCUUUACAAAUUUUUGGGUUAAUUCUACAUUAUAAGUAUUGUUGCAUUAUUCUAUUAUUGUGUACUAUUGUAGCAUCCUAUCAUUCUAUUGUACUGAUGAAUAAUCAUUGAAUUAAUGUGAUUGUAUUAUUGUGGUAUUCAUCCACGAAUUUUAGGUCGUCCUCAACACGAAGAAACCUAACCGCACAGAAAACAGCAUCUCGUCGUAAAACCGGGCAGGACGUUUCAUUGCGAAGACACGAAAUAUCUACAAGAGUACCAAUGCGAAGACCUGAGGCAGAGGACAGUUCGACCAUGGAUGAAAGUAGUCUCGCAAGUAUUAUUGAAGACAAGAAGAGUUUUCAAAAAUUUGAAAGAGAAGCUGCGGUAAGGCCAUAAUAACAGAUUUUACAGUUGACAAGUAGAUUUUCUAAUGACAAUGUGCGUGAACAAAGGUCGUUUAGAUGACUCCCUAUCAUUUAAACAUGGUAGCUAGUUAGUUAUACAAUUUUACACAGCGAAAAAUGAUUACAGAAUAUUUUUGACGAAAACUGUCGCACAUGUAGUUGCACACAUUCUGCAUACACAUCUUACGUUGCACAUAUUUCCUUGUUCCUUCUAUCCAAGAAAAGUUUACUUUAAUUUCCAAAUCGUGGCCUUUAUUGAAAAUCAGUACGAAAUUAAUUGUUGGUUAGGUUAAUUAAGAUUCUUACAAGAGUUAGGGUCUUGCAAACUUUAGCAAAUACUUUAGCAAACUUUAGCAAACUUUAGCAAACUUUAGCAAAUCAGUCCAUCGAUAUCAUAUACGUAUGUAUGAAGAGUAAUAAUUCAACGAUGUUUUCCCAUCAGUUUCUAAAUCGAAAAUGAUAAGCAUUGAUUGUAGAAGUGUAUCAAAAAUAGGUUUUAACUAGCUAAUUUCUCUUCAUUUUUGACUCUAAUUUUUUUUAUCCAAGGCCCUUGAUGCGUCAUAUCGAGACUUUCAAAGUCGUGUGAUUGUACCUCCCGGACACUCAGUUGCAAGUAUACCCAGCUCUUUGACGUUUCGUCGUCUGGCUAGCUAUCAUUCUAUCCACUCGCCACCACCACUACCAAGUGACACAAAUGUUGGAUUUGGAGGUUUUAACCUGGCAGCCCAAGGUAUAAUGAUUAGAUCGUGAACAUGACUUGUGUUGAAAUCACAUUUUAAUAUUAUCCGCCGGUUCAUUGUUUCAGUACG